GUCUUAGAAGGUGACAUGGUUCAUUUUCCAGCCCCGAAAAAUCAGAUGAGCAAAGAUAUUGUUCUCGAGAGGGACACGCUAUUCUUUGCAACGAGUGAAGCCCCACUUAUUUUAAUUAACAAUGGAUCUAUUGAUCGCGUGAACACAGAAAUGAUGAAUGUAAGAUGGCGAAUGUUUCCGCUUCAUAGCAAAUUCCGCGUGAUGAACAAAGAAACAUUGCGGCUUGCGCUCGAUGCUUUGCCGAGUUAACAGUUGCUGAACAGUGAUCUAUAAUAAUGUAUUUUAAUUUAACGUAGGCUACAUUAAGGUGUUAACAAAUAGGUAUUCUGGUCAUCCCUAACUAAGUGGCUUAUGACGCAUCAACGAAUCCCACAUGAAUCCCAGUCACAUUUUAUGUAGAAAAGGGAAUUAAGUUCAACGAUUCUUGCUGUUUUUCUCUCUUAGCUUAUUGUAAAUAUGCCAAAGGAAUCGAUUAUGUGGUUAACUUCUAGCGAAAUCAAUUUGAUUCUAUGAAAUUCCGACUUUCGUCGAACGAUUCCCACUAUUUAUAGUAAGUUGAAAUAUGACAUCAUAAUUAGUAAAUAGAAAAGUGGGAUUCGUCGACUUUUAACCCAUUUUCUCUGUCUUUUAUAAUGAAAUGCACGCGUAUUUGAAGCCAAAGUAUUAAUGUAUUCAUUACGCACGCAACUGUAUGUUUAAAUUCCCAACAACGAUCAUAUACAUGUGAGAAAAUAUGGAAAUUAUUAUGCGAACAUGUGUGGGAUUCGUUGAUAUGGAAAUACGAUGUACAAUCCGUUGUCAUAGUAACUUUGUCAGUAUUUUGUUCCAAAGCUGUCAGCCUGCAAUACAGCGUGUAUUUGCUUAGGCAUGCUUGUGAUAAUAUUAUUUACAUAAUCUACAGAAACAUUAUAUAAAGUUUUUAUAACUCUAGUCUUAAAUUGUUCCCAUGUCUCACGCACAAUCUGUGAGUCUCUAACUUGAGCAUCAAGCUGCUUCUUAACUAUGUGAAACAUGUUUUCUAUUGGAUUUAAGUCUGGAGAUCUCGCUGGGAUACAAAAUAACUCACAUCCCUCUUCCUUUAUAGCUGUCUUAGCUGCUAGGCUUCGCUGAGACGGGUCGUUGUCCAUUAUGAACCAUUUUCUUCCACGCUUGCGCGAUAGUAGUGCUGGAAAUUUUUUUUUUACGGACUCAGCGAAAUAGGUACCGGUCAUUUUCUCAUAUUCUUCGACCAAUACAACCCCAUUGUUGUGAGAAAUUGCGACCAGUAAGUGAAGCCGUUUUCCACCCGCAAGGGUUUUAGAUCCUUUUGCCGUCAAUUGUAAACCCUCGCUCUUUCUUCUCCAUACACGCCCUCUAGGGGCUAAAGCGUCACUAAGAGGCUGUGUCUUAUAAACAAAAGAAACCCCGUCUAAAUAGAAGGCAAUAUUUCGCGAGAAGAAUCCGGGCUUUGUGGAAAGGAUCUUCUUGCAUUGUUGCGCAAACGACUUUCUUUUCGUGCGAUCACGGCUUGUUAAAACCCCCUUUUUACGCGCAGGUAGAUAAUCAAAUCCAGCUGCUUUCACCUCACGAUAAAAUGUCCGAUACGAAAUAUCACGUGACAGCAGUCCGCUGUGCGCAACCAAGCGCUUAACAGUAAAAUUUGGGUCUUUAUCACGCAGAGCUUUUAUUGUUCUUAUUAAUUUUCUCCGAUCUCUAUCUGACAGCUUCUUUGGUCUACCAAUUUUCUUGCAUGUUUUCAAAUCUUGCUUGCGCUGAACUUUUCCUCUCAGAAUAAGAGAGAUUGACGCUUUAGAUAUUCUUGCUUUUUUAGCAAUCGCUCUGCAUGAAUAUCGUUUCUCUUUACCAAGAAAUAGCACAUACGCUCGCGUUGUAUCUGAAAUAGUUUUUUUAUAUGCCAUUAUUACUUUGUUUUUAUAUAACUAGCUCUUAUUUAUAGCAUGCAUACUGUGCGCUUUAUAAUACUACAGCUUUGAGAUUAGUCCGGAUGUUACCGAUGACGUUACAUUCUCCACAAAAGUAACGUAAUAAGCACUUAAAGAUAAUUGCAUUUGCUUCCGAACGUGUUUACCUGCCCUAAAUUCCAGAUUGCUCUACUAGUUUCGCUUGCAGUUCCAAACUACGAAAUUCCCAAUGUUGGACUGGUUCUGGAAACGUGCAUGGACGCAUUAUGAUUAAACUAGAAUAAUAACAUACAAUGUAUGCGCAAAUUAACCAUGUUUACGCUCACCAAAACACGGUAUCUAUUAUAUUUGUAAACACCAUUGGUAAUACUAUAAAAUACAAGUAAUUCUAGCUUCAAUAACUGAAAUUUUAAUUUGGCUUAAAAUACCGUUUCGGACAAUCAGUGACAAAACACUUUAGACAAAAUAGCUAAACAGCGUACGUUUACAACAUAAUCGACCCCCCGCACCCCCCGUUCAAUGUUGUGUGGAAAUACCUGCACAAAAUGUUCCUUGCCAGCGACCCAACAUUGUUUAGGGUGGGGGAGGGAGGGAUAGUGUUAUUAAGCUGAACAGUAUUUGGAAAUGCGCAGAUAUGUCUAUAUUAUAUCACUGUCCAAAAACCUUUUGUCACUGAUUGUAGGCUUGCUCAUGUAAGAGAACAUCUACUGAGCCCUAAAAAUACCACAAAAAGCUUAAACGGAUAGUCUAGAAGCAAUUUAAAAAGUCGCGUGAUAUUUGUUUCAUCCCUUUUAUUUAUUUCUUCCCUCGCCUUUUCGCUCCGCGCCCGCAAUCCUUUCUGUUAUUUUCGUUGGAACGUCAUGUAAUAUUUUCGUUUUGUCAAUUUAUUCGCCAUAUUUGAACAAUCGUUCUAAUCAAUGUUUCUGAGCAUAUAUUAGCGUCCUGUUUGAAGCUAUUCGUUGUAAAUGCAAGCUCUUAUGAUUUAUACAAGUAAGUGCAAUAAUUUAAAUUUAUUACGUUAUGAUAUUUUAUUCAUAUUACGUUAUAAAAAUUAAUGUUUUAUUCAUAUUCAUAACACAGCUCUUAGUUGGACCCCCUGUGUUCCAAUCACGUGAAAAUAGGCAGUGUGCCAGUUUCACGUGUCUGUUCUGACUGUCCCUACUCGAAAAUCGGGGUAGUCAGAACAGUUCAGAACAGUCAUGUGACUCUCUUCUGUUCCAUUCCAUUCCAUUAGUGUUCCAAAAAUCCGGAGUACUCCGAACAGUAAAUGGAACAGCUUGCUGGAUCAAUGUGAAUAAUUGAAUAAUAUGAAUGUAAAUUAGACACCCACAAGCUCGUGCUUGGUAUUAACUAUUUUUAUUGCAUAUAAUCAUUAAAAUGUAUCAAGACGUGAAAAUCUGUGAUUUGGCGUUGUAAACAGAGCGAAGGACAAUGUCUAAAUUAUUCAUAUAUUUAAUGUAAUUAUUCAGUUCUUUUCUAUGAUUUGUUGUAUUGGAAAUUGGUUGCCGUCACGUUGCCGUCCUAAAUCGAAAGGUCUCUAGUGUUCUCUUGCCACAACCUCGUUCCCAGGCUUUUCCCACUUAUGGAGGAAUGGUCGGAGCUGGUCACGUGGUUCCCGGAUUUCGCGGGGUAAAUGAAAUAUGCCUUACGGAGGGUGGAAAAUUGCGUUUGGAAAAUGGCAACUGUGUUGUACUUUCCGCUAAAAUUGUGAAAGGAACUGUUCUAAAUUCGUAUUUAUCAUGACACCAUUGACACGACUUCCUGCUAAACACUGAAUAUCAUAAAUAAUAAGUGUUGCGUUACAUUUCAAGCGAUAAGCUGGGUCAUAUUUCAUUUGCAAGGAAAGAAAUUGAGCACGCCGUUCGCCGUAAAAACAUUAUAUACCUUCUACACCGACUGAUCGAUCAAACAAACUGAAAUGUAUCCUAUGUGACAUUAAUUGAAAUCUAUCCUAUGUGACAUUAUUUCCUGCACUGCAUGACAUUGCUGAAACUCAACGAUCAAGAAUGAUUCCACUCAGAGUAACAUCACAAGCAUCUUAUUCACCUGAGUACAUUACACCAACACAGAAUGUACAUAUAGCUAUUUGUUAUCACACGAACGCCAAGACUCCUCCGUGCCUGCGGUACAACUAACAACGUGAAUAUUUACAAUGUUACAUGCACCAGACACUGGUAUUGUACUUUAUAGUCAAUUAUUACUAGCUGGGGCACCCUGCGCCCAGGCGAGUAUUGUGGAUUCAACAAUUAAUAUGGAGUUUAAGCUUCACGUUUCCGGGAACGGCAAACGGCACGUUCGAACUUUCUUGGCAAAAUUUUCGUUGAACGUUUUCGUUUCAUAUUUUCUUUCUUGCGUCGAAAGAAUAAUUAUGUAUUUCAGUUUUAAAACAGCAAGUUCAUUUAUUCUUUAUUGCCUGAUACCGUAAACUUUUCUUUGCCUGACGUUUGACGUAUAACGCGAAGCUUAAACAAUGCAAAUGGUCCUGUCAUGGUCAAAAGGAUAUCUGACUAAGACAGGUUAUUAUUUAUGAGGCUUUAUUACAAUAUAAUUCAUCUCUUCAAAGACCAAGAAGCAUCUUUAUUUAAAAACGUUAAAUAUAACAAGAAAAGGUAAUCAAUAAAUACACCGAAAUUAUACGCUUCAUCGAGGGUUCAGUUGUACAUAAUACAACGAAAAUUUAAAACAAACCAAUCAAAUUGCGCGAAAGGCGCUAUCCACCUCUCGAGUAUAUGGUAAUAGUGCUACAGGAUAUUGACCUCAACGCCUCCCGUCUCGGUGAAUAUUUUUGUACUACUGUUCACCUCCACUUCGGUGAAUAAUUGUUAAAUACGUUAUAAUAUUAAGAAUUGAAGAAAACUCGAUUGUUUCAAAAAACGCAAAUUAGCUAUAUAAAAUUCUAUAAGAUUAUACGAUUUAAAUACUGUAUGUCUGUUAAAUAUGUUGUAAUCUAUACUGAAAGUAUAUUUUGGAACAAUUUGCUGAUUUUAAUGGUUUGAAAGCAAAGAAUACUGUAUCACGAUUAUUUUAUGAACAUUUCGUAUCACACAUUAAAGGAUAAAAUAUUGCGAUAUGGAAAAACAAUGAGUGGAAAAACAUAUAUACCUCAUAUAAAACCAUAGCUUUCAUGGAAAUCUGCGACGAUUAUAUUUCAAUGUGAAAUGAGUAUAAAAAAUUCAAUAUAUUUAUGUCCAGUAUGAUCGCAAUAAUCAAUUUUUUUGUAUUUUUAUCGCUUUUGGAGAUACUUCGCACAGAAAGAUAUUAAAUGGCCUAGAUUUUGCUUCACGAUGGCAGUGAAACCAUUUUCGAAGGAACAAUUGAAUUUCUUUAAGUUUUCUACACUUGUUCUUGAUGAGUUUCCCAAGGUGUUGCGUCAAAUUUUUAUCACCAUGUGGGACAGCAAGGUUGCUGUAAGACCAGGAUUCAUUCCAUGGGAUGACAGUAUCACAGUACGGAACAUGCUUCUUAAAUCUGAAGGUGGUAAAACAGAUAUACCAACUACGAAAUCAAUUGAGGAGUGGGACUGCACAGCUUUGUUUAAAGCAACAAUCUAUGCCAAAACCUUUGGUGUUCCAGGCAGCAAGGGAUCCACUUUGAAUGAUUUAUAUUUGAAGAAAGUUAAACCACCUCCUGGUACUUUUCGUCCAUCAGUUCAAAGUUCAUCAGGAAAUGAAGAUGAGACCCGCGCUGUGGCAAUUGAUCAGCUACGAUUAUUGAGAAACGCACUUUGCCAUUCACCAAAACCAGAAAUAGUCAAAACUGAUUUUGACAAUUAUGUUCAGCUAGUAGCCAACGCAUUAACAGUAGUUAAUAUUGAUACCGCCUUUGUGGAUAAUAUUCGUCAAAUGAGCGAGGAUGAUUUCCCUACGGAGAGAGUUCAAGAAUUACAUGAAUGUCGUGUGAAGGAGUUACAAGCCAACAGUUUUUGUCCAACAGAAAUUGUCCUCUAUUUAUGAACAAACAGAUAAAAUGCAUAAUAUGAUGAUGAAAAAUAUGAAUCUGGGAGAAAAGGGAAUUGUACCAGGUAACGUGAAUUUUUUUACCAUGCAAAGUAUAGUGUCGUACUGUCGUGUAAUAUAGUUCAUUUUGUUCAUUUUUGCAAAUAGGUUUGACUGUAUAAAUCGUACGUCUUGCCGUAGUUGGGGAUUUUCAAAUAUGACAUUUUUUCGUGUUGUAUAUACAAAAGACCAUAGAUAUAGGAGAACUAUAUUGCUGACUCAUACCUGCGGGAGGCGUCACCUGUAUGAUAAAUCCAAGAUGGCGGCUCAACCAAGCAAAAAACCUAUAGCUAGUAUUACGAAAUAAAGGUUUCUUGAUUUUGGUGGUUUAAUUUACUACAAUUACUAUACAUUACGAAUCUUUUGGAUGCAAAAGGAAUAGGCUGUGGUGAAUUAAUAUGAAAAUACUUCCAUUAUCAUGCGAUUAAUAGAUUUCUAUGUUCAGAUUGUUUUCCACCGCUUUAAAAAGGUUAACUUAAGGAGGUGUUCGAUAUAAAAUAAAAUUAAAAUAUACAUACAACUGAACCAGUAAAAUGGCAGAUAUCUAGCCUGUCGAAUUUUAGUAGAAGUAUAAGAAAAGAAAACAUUUUUGUAAUUCAUGGUUCAUUAUUUAAUUUAUUUGAAGGAAAUAAAUUAUAUAACAUAUUGCAUACUAGACAUGCAGCUUCCCAGAGGUUGAAUAAGGUGCAAUCCCUCAUUGGUUCAGUGUUACUACAGAAGGUAUCUGAGUACCUAUAUGAACUAGAAUACUAUUGUUCCCAGUAAACUGCGAAACGACCGUUUUUUUAAGCAGUUUGUGAGUGACAGUUUUGUCAAGUACGAAGGACAAAUUUGUGUACCUCGUGAUCACAAUUCGUUGCAAGCGGCGUAAUUGACAAAACUGUCACUGACAAACCGCCUAAAAAACGGUCGUUUUGCAGUUUAAUGGGAACAAUAGUAAUUAGAGUAAUAUUCCUUAUAGAGUCAAGUCUAAGGACUUUAGAGAUCACAAGAUAAAGAUAUUAAAAUAUGUAACACAGUAACAGUAAGGAAAAAUUUUAUUUCAGAUUGUAAGACCAUAUUGGUAUAAGUGGUAUACUAGUAUAAAGACAUUCCUGAAAAAAACGCGUAAUUUUGUAGGCUGCGCCUGAAUCUUGAGUACUUUUUGUGGUUUUAUAAGCAGCUUUUAGAGGGUAAAUAUAUAAAUUUGCUUUGAAAACCACAAGUGUACACUAAAUUUAAUGUACAGUACUGCUAAGAAGUAACCUAAUGCUGCGAACGCGUUCGGAACACAUUCCAGAACGCGUUCCAGAACGCGUUUGGAACACCUUCCAGAACGCGUUAGGAACACGUUCUUAAACGCGUUCUGAAACUUGUGCUAUUUCUCUUUGAAGCUUCGAGUUUCUUCGGAAAAUUCCGAAUAAAUGACAACACAGUCAACCCAGCUAAAUUCGACAGGUGACAGGUUGAAUUAAAUUCGUCAAGCUCGCAUUAUCCGACCAGCUCAAACGCCUAAGAAAAGGAAAUAUAUUUGGUCUUGAACAAACAUGGCGAAAUAACAACUUGAAAAUCUAAUUCAAAGUUUAAUUUAAUGCUGUAGUGGCAUGCAGCGCUUAAGUUUUUGCAAAUAGCUUCUACAAUUAAUUUAUGAUAGGGGCUGGAUAACCAUAAAAUACUGACAAGCAAACAUUUGAAAUGACGUGUCAGUUUAAUCAAAUGGUCAAGCGUUUAGAUAAAGUCUACAAGACUGCAUGCUACAAUUAUUGUCAGUUAUUUUUUAAACUACAGUAAGUUUAUUCAUACCAUGCAAUGAUUAAGUUCUAUUCGUAGGAUAUAGCAAUGUUGUCAAAAUUUGAUUUAAAGCUUACAAUUUGUUGAACAAGUAUCCUAAAGGUUUACCUGUGUGGAUGCACACUCAGAGUAACAUCACAAACAUCAUAUUCACCUGAGUACAUAACAUCAAACACACACAAAAAUUACAAUAAAUUUAAAUUUCUCAAAUUUUCAUUGUUGUCGUACGAGGAAGUUUCUAAGAAUCGUUAUUCGAUUAUAGUAUUUAUUUCAUAUUUCUCGCAAAUUUAUAGUAACCAUUUUAAUAUCCCCCACUAAAUGGUAUCUACUAUAAGAGCUAUAUCUAUACAGGAUACAGUUAUUUACAUGAAACGGCCACAUUUGAUAUAACGCAUGAGUUUCCUCGACAAUAGUGGCACAAAGUCCCACAUGGCUGAGCGUGUUCCUAAGAUUGAACGCUGUUCGUCUGUUUUUUCAAAACAAUAAACAGAUAAUAGUAAUUUGUACCAACCUUAGCUCCAGGAUAUGGUUAUUGGUCUAGUCUCGAAG